CUUUUCAGAGCGAUGAGCUUUGUAAAAAAUCAGCGUGUUUCAGAGCGGCGGGGCAAAGAGGAGAUACAAACAUGCACGAAGCCUUCCUCAGCCACUGCUUAAAUCAAAGAGGACCUGAAAUUUUGUGGAUUAAGUUUAUGGAUGUCUAUCUGACAGUUCUGAUCCUCAGUGCGACUCUACCGCUCUCACAUUUGAACAAUGAAAAACAGUUGCUCCAGUUCAGGGAAAUGAUCAAAUGCACACUACCUAACAGCUCACCGCUCCAGGAUUUUGGAGACUAUGGCUGCUUCUGCGGUUUGGGUGGCCAAGGGACACCUGUUGACCAGCUAGACCAAUGUUGUUUUACUCAUGAUCAUUGCUAUGGAAAUGCUUCAAAUUAUGACUCCUGCGACUCAUUUCUGGACAACCCUUACACAAACAUAUAUGACUUUAAGUGCAAUAAAAAUACCAAAACAAUCACGUGUCUGGCCAGUAAUAAUGCAUGCGAAAUGUUCAUCUGUCAGUGUGACAAGACUGCAGCGGAGUGCUUUGCUCAGGCUCCAUAUAACACCUCCAACAAUCAACUCUCUAACAGUCUGUGCAGCUCAGCGUCCAGAGAAAAUCUCAGCUUUAUUAACAUUCUCACUAUACUCACACUGCUAUACAGCAAAAUACAAAGUCACUGAAAUA